GGAUGAGGGAUGCGAUGAUUGAGUUAAGGCUGUCACGAAGAAGGUGCUGCGCGUAGAUAGUACUCUAGAGUGCUUUCGCUGUUGAACUGUCUGAAGUGCCACAGUUCAAGUUUUUUCUUAAAGUGAAGAUAGAUACAACUAGGUAACAAGUACGAGGCUACAGUUUCUUACCGCGUGGCUGGAAAGGAAUGCAAAAUGCGGCACAAGAUAGCGUCUCAGAGUACUGAUUUUAGGACUCUAAUGGCAGGGGGUGGAAAUCUGUGUCAAUAUAACAAGAAAGAUGAAGAAACCGGAAAGGUAGUCAAGGAUGACGAAGGAAAGGCACCACUCAAAGAGAGGGACCCGAAGCCGAAAGAGUUGGCUUCUGGAUCAGCGACAGGAACCUGGCACCAUUGGGC